GGGACACGAGAUCAGACAGAGACCCUGCAAAUCUCCUUCGGUGAUAAAGCCCGACAGCGAAGAGAAACUACAAACGGAGAUACUCUAAAGUCGCCGAUUUUUCGUCGUUUGAGAAGUAACCCUGCAGCUUAUUGCGGAUACAUUGUAGCGCGUCUUUCAUCGAUCCGCGGACUGUCUGUGGAUUUUACAAAGGUGACGGAGACUCGUCCGCAGGACUAUCAACGAGGGAAAGGUAUAUGAUGUAUAAAAUGAGUGGCUUUGAAGAGAGUAUAAAUGCACAUUGAUGAGCAGAGGGACGCGGGCUGGAGAAGGAGAAAGAAGGGGACGCUGUAGAGGAUCAAGUGUUGGAGAUGUCUCUGUGGAUGAUCUUACCCGUCAGCCUCCCGGCUCUCACCAUCACUGGAAUAUGGGUCGUGUAUGCCAUGGCUUUAUACAAUCAGCACGUCUGUCCUGUGAACAACUGGAUGUAUAACCAAACGUGUGAGGUGGAUCUGCCCUUCCAGAGGGGACCAAUCCAAUGCUGUACUCUGGAAAAUGUUCCUCUCAUAAGUAAAUGUGGGACUCUUCCUCCAGAGAGCUGCUUCUUCAGUCUCAUCUGUAGCACCGGAUCCUUUAUGGUGAUGGUUAUUGUGUUGCUGCGCUAUGCCCAUGUGAUAGAGAAGCACCAAAACUGUGUAUUAAACACAGCGAGUCUCUCCACCGGCUGGAUCUGUGCUGCAGGACUCAUCAUGGUGGGAAACUUUCAGGUGGAUAAUGCGAAGGUUCUUCACUAUGUCGGAGCAGGUGUUGCCUUCCCCACCAGCAUGCUGUUUGUCUGUCUGCAGUCUGCGCUCACCUACCGCCUGGCCAAGACCCAGGGAGAUUACAAUAUGGGUCACCUGCGCCUGUUAAUGACCCUGCUGGCCUUUGUAGCGCUGGUGCUUAGUGGAGUGUUUUUCGUUCAGGAGAGUUACGUCCUGCAACACACAUCAGCUAUUUUCGAGUGGGUCUUCUGUAUGAUAAUCAUGCUGUUCUUCGGCACGUUCGCCUUUGAAUUCUCCGGGAUAUCGGCUGACACAAUGAUGGUGCUGGCCCGCAGACAGUCCCUAGAGACCGCAAGCCGAGACCACAAAAUAGAGUCGCUUAGCGUAGCCAAUCAGCUCCAGCCUGAGAGCUUGUCCAUACUUUAACCUCCGUCCCCUACGUCUCUCUCUCUGAAUGCAAGAAAAACCGCAGAAGGAAUGAAACACAAACUGGACCCUGGAUCUCAUACAUCCAUCUUACAUUUACCAAAGAACUCAGCUCAGAUUUUGCACAUUUUUGAGAGACCGAGUCUAUGCUACCUGUGUCGUGUCUGGGGACCUUUGAAUCCAGCAUCUUCCAUGCUGACAAACUGCACUUGGACGCGUUGGAGUUUGUUAGAUCUCAUCAGGAUUUUGAAAUCCUAUCCAUGUAACAGACUGCAAGUUGAUGAUGCUGGAAGGUCAAGACUGAAUCACUGAUGUAGUGAACUAAACCAAAGCCUUCUACACUCAGGCAUUUUAACACAGUGCCUCAAAAAAUAGAAAAAAUAUUAUUGUGCCCAAUACAGACAUUGGAAGACAAUGAAUCAAAAAUGCUGAUCGUCUUUGCCUUUUUAUUUUUUUAAGGCAAGAGCAUCUCUGACCUAUUAGUUGACUGAUCAAGGUGUUUUAUUUUUCUUGUAUCGCAUUAUGCCGUCUACAGUGUUUUCGGUUCAGGAGAUUCUCAAUACCAGCGUGCCUUACAAUGAGGAACCAAAUACAGCUUUUUAUUACAUUUGUACAUCAAUAGAUGUCUUUGAACUGGCAUGUAUUUUAUCAUAUGCAGCAUAUUUUAAAACAGCCGAGCUGAAUGAGAUCAGCAGAAACCUCACGCAAAACAGACACAUAAGCUGAUCACAUUAGGUCGCCACUAAUUGGUUUCAUUCCAGAAUGAAUGUUAGAGGAAUUGCUGGACAUUGUGACCAAAUGUAAUUGAGAAGAGAGGAUUGUUGUUUUGUCCAAAGGGAAAUGUCAUUAUGUAGGUCUCUGUCACUGUGGGAAUUGUUCGUAAAGAGGGAUCAUGGGAAAUGGUCCCAAAGAGUCUUCUAAGACGAGACUUAAAACCCCUUUUAUAGAUUGUCUCCCCCUGGUGGCUAGUUUGAUACGUGUUCACAAGUCUAGGUCUCUCUGAACUUUUUUAUUUCUUUCAAAGUGAUAAUGCAGCAGGCCUGCAGUGUCAUAAAUAUUUAUGAAAAGGAAGCUUGUUACACACAAGUCACACUGCCCAUGUGGCAUUAAAAAAAGUAAUGUUCCCUAUUCAUUAUCAAGAGAGUUUUUGUCAUUCAAUUUCUCAGAAUAAGAGCCACUUUUGUAUUAACUUUCUAUGUAGCCAUCUGAUGCUACCAGUGCUCUUCUGAAAAUCGGAUUUCAGAAAUUUCGCAGAUUCCUAUUAAGCUAAUCUGAAUGAGCAGUUAUAUUAGUUAUUCUCUGCACUCAGGAAUGUCAGAUCUUGAUCCUGCCGUUGUGCAACAUUUACAGUCAUUUUCUUUCUUGCUCAAGCAGAGUAAACAUUUUUCUUGUGUUCUUGAAGCAAAUUGCGACUUCCUUUUGCUGUAAUAGUAUUGUUUCUUUUGGUCAUUCUUUUGUUUAAAUGCAUUGUCUGACAUUGCCUUGAAUAUGCAUCUUAAAUAUUAAAAAAGAAUACUUUUUUGUCCUCAAACAAGUGACUUUUUUGUGCUCACUGAAUUGUGUAGAGAAAAGCUGCAUUCUAUUCCGUAGAAAAAAAAUGCAAAUAGGUUUGUGGCUUUACUCAGCCAUAUUUCUUAAACAUGGGCUCUGAUGGUUCAUUCCUACCGCAGACAGGUUUAUAACAAUCAAACGCAAGGCACGUAUAAAUAUCUGAAUUACCUACUGUUGACUCUGUUAAAGCCAUUUGACAAACUCUGCCAUGCAUCAGCUUUAGAUUACAUUCCAGAUAGCAAAAGUGCCUUCGUGUGCCUUUGAUUCAAUAAAUCCAAAGAUCUGAGAUUAGAGGAAUGUUUUGUUUAUUUGGUGGGAUAUAUUUUAUUGUACUGUAUAUUUGCCUUAAAUGAAAUGUAUGGAAAUAAAGAAUGAGACAUUACUCUA